AUGCGCAGUGCUGCUCCAAUCGACCAUAUGCGCUAAGCAGUGACUACACACACAGCAGUGCUAAGUGGAGGAAAUUAUUACACAGUAAUCAUGGGAAAGAAACAGAAAAAUAAAGGAGAUGACGGUGCCAAAGACGACGGAGUUGACAUUGAUGCCUUAGCAGCUGAGAUCGAGGGAGCUGGAGCAGCAAAAGAACAGAGCAAAGGCAUGGGCAAGAAGAAGAAAGGAGGGAAGAAAGAUGACUAUGAUGAGGAUGACAUCCUGAAAGAACUAGAGGAGUUAUCACUUGAAACCCAGGGUGGAAAAGCAAAAGAACCAGCAAAGAAAUCCAACUCCAUAGAGGACACAGAGUCCGAGCCAGCCCCAACCAAGGCGGAAAAGAAGAAGACCAAGAAGGGCAAGCGUGAAGACGAUGAGCGUGAAGAAGCUCCGGGUAAAGACGACAUGGAGAACGAGAGCAGGCCGAAAGGCAAAAAGGCACCUACGGCUCCCCCUGCUGCUUCUGCUGCUUCAGAGUCUGACAACGAUUCGCAACCCCCAUGCAAAACCAAGGUGGUCAAGAAGGGCGGGAGGAAGGGCAUGUCCGACUCUGAGGAUGAUCAUGAGAACGGAGGCGCAAAGAAGGCUGGAGGAGGCGACAAAGAGCAGUCAGACGACGACUCUCAGGCCGCACGCAAACAGAAGAAGAAAACAAAAGUGAAAGCGAAGGCUGACAGUGACAACGACGACGCAGAAGACGAUGGCUCCUUUAAGAUGAAGACGGCGGCACAGAAGAAGGCGGAGAAGAAGGAGCGAGAGAGAAAGAAGAAGGAGGAAGAGAGGGCCAAGAUGAAAGCGAAGAAGGAGGAAGAGUCCGCUAAGAAGGAUGCAGCUAAGGAUGCAGGCAGUGCUGCGGCCCCUCUACCCACGGAAACAAAAAAGACUGAGGUGGAGGAGGUGGGCGGGGCCGAAGACCAGGGCGAAGAUGACGCCGAGGGUGAGAAGAAGAAGAAGGACAAGAAGAAGAAGAAGGGAGAGAAGGAAGAAAAGGAGAAGAAGAAAGGGCCGAGCAAAGCCGCAGUGAAGGCCAUGCAGGAGGCCCUGGCUCGGAUGAAGGAGGAGGAGGAGCGAGCCAUGAGGGAGGAAGAGGAACGGGAGCGACGCCUGGCCGAGCUGGAGGCGCAGAGGCUCGAGCAGGAGCGACUGGAAGCAGAGAGGAAGGAGAAGAAGAAGCAGAAGGACAAGGAAAGGAAGGAGAGGCUGAAGAAGGAGGGCAAGCUCCUGACCAAGUCACAGAAAGAGGCUCGAGCCCGAGCUGAGGCCACGCUCCGUGCACUGCAGGCCCAGGGUGUUGAAGUGCCAUCCAAAGACUCCAUGCCAAAGAAGAAGCCUGUUUACUCUGACAAAAGAAAAAAGAAGCCAACAACACACACUCCUGAAGAGACCUCAGAAGUUGCUUCACCCACGUCGGAGGUGGCGGAGCCUAUCGCCACGGUGAUGGUAGCGAAUGCGUCCACGGAGGAGCCAGAAGCUGAAACUAAGGCUGAAAGCGCAGACCUAGAUGACUGGGAGGCCAUGGCCAGUGAUGAAGAAAGAGAGUUGAAGAAGGUUCACAUCGAAGUGAAGGAGACCGCAGCCACUCAGCCAACCCGCAAGGCUCCUGCUCCUGCCGAACAGGAGAACGGUAGCGAAGAAGAGGACGACGAAGACGGGGACGACGAAGAGGAGGACGAUGAGGACGAGAGCGAGGAAGAGGAAGAAGACGAAGAGAAGGACAGCCAGACAACCAAAGAGAAGAAUGGGAAAGAGGAGAGCUCGGAGUCGAGCAGCGAGAGCGAUUCGGAUGACGAGCGCACCAAAGAGGAGAGGAUGUACGACAAGGCCAAGAAACGCAUAGAGAAACGGAGACAGGAGAACCUGAAGAACAUCAACUUGGACAAACUGAGAGCUCCUGUGGUCUGUGUGUUGGGGCAUGUAGAUACAGGGAAGACCAAAAUCCUUGACAAGCUACGACACACGCACGUACAGGAUGGAGAGGCAGGUGGAAUCACCCAGCAGAUCGGUGCCACCAACGUUCCCUUGGAAACCAUCGUUGAGCAAACCAAGAUGGUGAAAAAUUUUGAGAGGGAUAGUAUAAAAAUUCCAGGAAUGCUGAUUAUCGACACACCGGGACACGAGUCUUUCAGUAAUCUGAGAAACAGAGGCAGUUCCCUGUGUGACAUCGCGAUCCUCGUGGUGGACAUAAUGCACGGACUGGAACCGCAAACCCUCGAGUCCAUCAACCUGCUGAAGGAAAAGAAGUGCCCCUUUAUUGUGGCUCUUAACAAGAUCGACCGUCUCUACGACUGGAAGAAGAGUCCGGACACGGACGUGGUGGCUACACUGAAGAAGCAGAAGAAGAACACUAAGGAUGAGUUCGAUGAGCGAGCCAAGGCUGUCAUGCUAGAGUUCGCCCAACAGGGUUUGAACGCAGCUCUGUUCUAUGAGAAUAAGGACCCACGCACUUUUGUGUCUCUGGUGCCCACCUCUGCGCAUUCAGGCGACGGCAUGGGCAACUUGAUCGCCCUGCUGGUAGAGCUCACCCAGACCAUGCUGGCACGCAGGCUGGCCCACUGCGACGAGCUCAGAGCACAGGUCAUGGAGGUAAAAGCUCUGCCUGGUAUGGGCACGACGAUAGACGUGAUCCUGAUCAACGGGCGCUUGCGCGAGGGCGAGACCAUCAUCGUGCCGGGCGUGGAGGGGCCUAUCAUUACUCAGAUCAGAGGACUGCUGUUGCCUCCUCCUCUCAAAGAGCUCCGUGUCAAGAAUCAGUAUGAGAAGCACAAGGAGGUGAAUACGUCUCAGGGAGUGAAGAUCCUGGGGAAGGAUCUGGAGAAGGCUCUGGCAGGCCUGCCGCUGCUCGUGGCUCAUAAAGAGGACGAGAUUCCUGUACUGAAGGAUGACCUGAUCAGGGAGCUGAAGCAGACACUGAACGCGAUAAAGCUGGAGGAGAAGGGUGUGUAUGUACAGGCAUCGACAUUGGGCUCACUAGAAGCGCUGCUGGAAUUUUUGCGCACAUCCAAAGUGCCUUACGCUGGCAUUAAUAUCGGUCCUGUUCACCGGAAAGACGUCAUGAAGGCAUCUACAAUGCUGGAGCACGACCCACAGUACGCAGUGAUACUGGCGUUUGACGUGAAGAUCGAAAGAGACUCUCAGGAGAUGGCCGACAGUCUGGGCGUGAGGAUCUUUAGCGCCGAGAUCAUUUACCAUCUGUUCGACGCUUUCACCAAAUACAGGGAAGACUACAAGAAACAGAAGCAGGAGGAGUUCAAGCACAUAGCAGUGUUCCCCUGUAAGCUGCGCAUCCUGCCUCAGUUCAUCUUUAACUCCAGAGACCCUAUAGUCAUAGGGGUGACUGUGGAGGCAGGAGUACUGAAGACAGGCACCCCGCUGUGUGUCCCUAGCAAAGCAUUCGUCGAGAUUGGCAUCGUGACCAGUAUUGAGGUGAACCACAAGCCAGUGGACACUGCGAAGAAAGGGCAGGAGAUCUGCAUAAAGAUCGAGCCAAUUCCCGGCGAGUCGCCCAAGAUGUACGGACGACAUUUCGAGGCUGUGGAUAUCAUCGUUAGCAAGAUUACCCGUCAGUCCAUCGACGCGCUGAAGAACUGGUUUAGAGACGAGAUGCAGAAGUCGGACUGGCAGCUAAUCAUGGAGCUGAAGAAAACUUUUGAAAUCAUCUGAGCACACACAAUGACUUUCAAACUGACCUACAUGCUGAGACCACACACACACACACACACACACACACACACACAGAUACACAUAUACACAUAUACACUGACAAAUGCAGAGGGUAAGUGUGGAUAUCUGCAGGGGUGAGAAGUGCUCCUCCCUGUUUUCCCUCCAUCUCCUCCUUUAUGAGCGGUGGAGACGACUGAAAAAGAAGAAAAGUGAGAGAAAAAAAAAAGUUUUUCUGUGAGAAACUGAACCUAUUACCACUGUUUUUAACAGUGACCGUUAGAGAAACAUUUACACACUAUUCCAAACGUGCCUGUUAUUUCCUAUCGACCUGUUUAGUUUCCCUGGAGCGUGGAGCUGCUUUUAAGGAAGCGUUAGAGGAAUAGGUCACCCAAAAAUGCCUAACAUGGUUAAUGAUGUAUGAAAAUGAAGGAGAAGCCGUUAGUAAAGUUAUUAUCGGAUGCUAAUCGGCUUGUGCUGGCUUUCAUGAAUUAAUAGCAAUGUUAACAUGUUUGGGUUAAGGUGUAGUGCCAGUUUUGCAAGCUCAGUUUCGGCCGGUCUUUGUGUCAACUUUAGUGUCAGUGGUGAUGACACUCCAUCAAAUCAUACACUGUAAAUUUGUUCAAUAAAGCAUAUAGUGUCAGAGAGGGGAAAUGUAGGCAAGAGGGGAUUUCACUUGCUUAAAAAAAAUUAAAUCAAGGAUUUUAGACUAUGAGUAAAUAUGCCUGGUCAGUGUUUUGUUUUUAUAUAUAAAUAUAAUGGUUUAAUUCACAACGGAGCAUAAAAGACUGGAUUGCAAGUGCUUUAUGCUCCUUUGUGAAUUAACCCCACAUUAUACGGUAUUUGUCGCAAGACCUUUGCCACUACACUUGACGCUGCCUUGUGCCUGUCUUUACUGACAUUGUUCGAUUGGUAAAAAUCUCAAUUUCCCCCGAAUGAAAGGAAGAAUCAUUGUCGGUUAAAUUACCAAUAAAGAAAUGGCAUACUUA